AUGGAACACGACUUGCCAGCGUCUGUGAACAUAGUUAGGCGUCCCAAUAAUCACAAGUUGGGUUAUCCUUCUUUUAGAAGGCCUAGUCUAUAUGUACGUGAAAAGUUUUUGGGCCGCACUAAUGCAUGGGCUGCAUGUAAGGAUUCGCUUCUAAAUUUCAAGAAACCACAGUUCUCAUCAGCUGCUAAUGAUGAGAGGGACUGGAGAGAAGAAAAUAAGAAGAAUACCUCUGCUGACGUAAAUCAAGGUUUUGCCAGGCAAGAUGAUGAAAUCAAUUCAUCGCAAUUUCCGAAACUGGAUUUAUCGAGGAUUACAGCGUUAAGAAUUACCAGAGAAGAUAAGCUUUUGUUUAGCAAGCACUUCGACUUUUACAAUGACACCAACCUCAGUCGUGCCUUUCUACAGAAUGAUGCACGGUUGAUGGAUUUGGUAUAUUUAAAUGAUGCUGUCUUCAACAACGACAAAAUUUUAGGACUCAAAGUAGACCAAUGGUUGCAGAAACAGGUAAAGCGGUUAGAGGAUAUGUACAGGCUCGGGAAUAAUCUCAAAGGGCAUCUCACUAUCGUUAACGGUGUAAUCGAGCCAAAUGGAUCGAAGCCAAAGACCCAAAAACCUCUAUUGAUACAGACUAAUUUGAAACAAGUGGCGCACAAGAAAAAUACAGAGAAGCAGCAAGCGACUUCACCUCUUGAAAAUCAAUCUAGUGGAUCAGAUAAGGACUUUCCGCUGGAAGGAUCUGUCCCUCUAAAGAAAAGAAGGACAGGUUAUAGAUUUCGUCGUAGCAAAACCCAAGGGUCAUGGUUUGGAGUAUUCAUAAAAGAUUCGUUUUCCAGGAGAAGAAAGAAGCCCAGAAACGGUGCGGUGCAUUAUUCAUCGCCAAAUAUUAGUGAAGAAACAAAUACAGAUGAAUCAUUGCAAACCAAUCGUCUGGAUUCUGAAGGCCGUUCUAGGAAAGUGAGCUUUGAAGCCACCAGCGGAACUUCAAGGACUCAAUCUUGGCUUGGCGGUUUUAUCAAAGGGCCUUUCUACAUCAGGAGAAAGAUGUCAAGAGUUGGGAACAAUAAAAAACGCUAUUUCCACCCUCCAAAGAGCACGGGAGCUCUCGAAGAAAAGGUAGAGGAAAGUUGGGAUCCACUGCAGAAUGCCAGUUCACCAGAACUACAAAGGAAUUCUUAUAUCACUGUCAUUGGAUUAGAAAACUUGGAACAGACUUUGGAAGCGGAAACAGAAACAGAGCCUGUGAAAAUAGAGGAAAUUACCUUAAAAUCCGGCGACGAAAGGAAACUACAAGAUGCUCUGGCUAGUCCUUGUCAACCAGAAGUUCUUCGUCUACCUGUUAUCGACUUGGAAUUUAGUCACCACAGUUUCCUGCAUGAAAUCGAAGAAGAACUAGACCUCUAUACGGACUCACAGGAACCCUUCCUCGAAAGCACCAUCAGCACGACUACAUCGAGAACUGCAGAUAGCGGUCCAGGUAUGGUGAGGACAUUUAGUGGGGCAAACCAUCAUAAGUAUUUGAGAUCAAAUUAUAGUAUGGAAUCAUUAGGAGUUGAGAGCAGUAACACCAACAUUGGUCGUUCCGAAACUGGUGGAAUUGGAAGAUAUCGCCGUAAGCCCAAGGGCAAGGUGAGAAGAACGAAAAGUCGUGAGUUGUUGAGACGUGUAUUAGCACGUAAUGUAGGCAAGUUCAAACCACUGGAUCCCGAAGAACAGACAUCUAAUACUACCAGCAACGAUAAACCGCACUUCCAAAGGCACUCAACACCCUUGAGACAAGCACAGCCAAAAAAUACGCAGUUUAUGGAAGGAUUCAACAAUAAAACUGAGUAUAGACCAUUAUCAAUGUUUGGACAGCUGCUGGAUAAUCUGUACAAGUAUUAUAAAUGA